AUGCAGACUGCUUCUACAAACAUUUGUGAAAGACUGUGCAAUAAGUCCAUCCGUGACAUUUCCUGGCUACUAAAUAUUCCACGCUCAACUGUUAGUAGUAUUAUAACAAAGUGGAAGCAACUGGGAACAACAGCAACUCAGCAGCAAGUAAAAUGACAGAUCGGGGUCAGCACAUGCUGAAGCGCACAGUGCGCAGAAGUCGCCAACUGUCUGCAGAGUCAAUAGCUAAAGACCUCCAAACUUGAUGUGGCCUUCAGAUUAGCACAACAACAGUGUGUAGAGAGCUUCAUGGAAUGGGUUUCCAUGGCCGAGCAGCUGCAUCCAAG